CAAAACUCUAUCCUCCUCAGUCCUCACCCCCCUCACACUUCUUCACUGAACCUAGGGUUUACGGAAGCAUUUCACUCUGCGCACUGCUCCAAUGGUGAAACCCGGUCGCGGUCGCCCUCGAUCAGGCUCUCGCUCUCGCUCCUCAUCCCGCUCUCGCUCGCGUUCGCGUUCCCCUGUAUCGCGACGUUCAGUCUCUUCUCUAAACGGUCGAGGUCCCGUUCUCGUUCUCGCUCCAACUCAAGAUCAGUCUCAUCUUCAUCUCGCAGAAGUAGCUCUCGGAGCCCUAGCCCUACUCCUCGUCGGAAGAGCCCUGCUGAUGGAGUGAAAAGAGGACGUUCUCCACCACAAAAAACUAAGAGAACUUCCCCUCCCCCACGGAAAGCUUCUCCGAUUCCUGAAUCCCUUGUGUUACAUGUUGAUCAGCUGAGCAGGAAUGUGAACGAGGGUCAUUUGAAGGAAAUAUUUGGUAAUUUUGGUGAAGUGGUUAAUGUACGGCUGGCCAUUGACCAUGCUGUUAACCUUCCGAAAGGAUUUGCGUAUGUAGAGUUAAAAAAUAGGGCCGAUGCUGAAAAGGCACAACUAUACAUGGACGGUGCUCAAAUUGAUGGCAAAGUUGUAUGGGUGAAGUUCACUUUACCUGAAAGAAAGAAAAUUCCAUCUCCAUCUAAAGCUGUUGUCACCACAUCAAGGAGAGACGGCCCGAAAUCUCAGGAUGCUUCUGCAGAUGGCGACAAAGAUGGGCCAAAGCGGCCCAGAGAAGCUUCCCCUAGGAGGAAACCUCCUUCACCUCCCCAAAGAAGAUCUCCUGUAGUUCGAAGAGGAUCUCCCCCACCCCGUAGACGUCCAGAUUCUCCUUACAAGCGAGGUGGUUCUCCGCCUCCAAGGAGGAGGCUGGGAUCUCCUGGCAGAGGUCGUUCUCCUUCUUCACCUCCGAGGCGUUACCGGUCACCUCAAAGAGGAUCACCAAGAAGGAUGCGUGGUAGUCCAGUUCGUCGGCGAUCUCCUCCGCCGCCGAGACGAAGGUCCCCAAGACGUGCUCGGAGUCCUCCGCGGAGGUCUCCGAUUGGUCGUCGACCACGCAGUCGCUCUCCUCUGAGGAGGCCAGCUCGUUCUCCAUCAGGAUCCCUCUCUCCAAGGAGAGGCCGAGGCCCACCUCCUAGACGCGUUAGACGGUCUUAUUCUUCAUCACCUAGCCCGCGCAGGGGACCGAGAAGAGUAUCACGGAGCCGUAGUCCUAGAAGGCCUGUGAGAGGAAGAAGUCCUAGCAGCAGCAGCACGAGCAGAUCUACCUCACCUGCGCGUAAGCCUUAAAAUCAUUAGAUGAGCUAAAAGAAGCCACUGAGCAUAGUGUGGUGUGAUGUUUGGGUGAGAUUCACAGGUGGGUGGCAAGCUGAGAGUACUCUAUUGAAACUUUUAAGAUCUUUGUACCAUUUUGAGAUUAAGUACCUUUCUAGUAGCUCUUUGUUGGUGACGAAGGAUGCACAUGUAUCAGAUUUUGCUUGUGUGCGGUAAAGUACUGUGUUGAAUCAUAAUCAUCUUUUUGUGAAAUCAUGCUACUGAGAGUUAAUUUGGACUAUGGUAAGAGGCUAAGAGCUAUUGAACCGUCCGGUAUUUUGGUCCGAUUUUGAUAAAUUUGAGGAUGGAAUGAAUUGCAAGUCAUAUACUCCAUAAUAUAAGCUUCCUG